UUGAUAAUUUUGUUUCUGCUCAUCUCAACCUACUGCAUCCAGACAUAUCCACUUUCAUUUAAUACUAUCAUGUCGUCCAAGAAAGAAAAACACUUGACUUUGCUUGAUGUUAAACAUCUCGAUUCAAUCAAGCCCCCUGCUUCCCUUCCAGGAACAAACGCUUCAUCCACCGUACAGGCCAACAAAGUCGAGCACCUGGUGAACAAAAUACCAUAUUCAAGUGGCUGUUUGACUGAGAAGACGUCGGCCCCUUUAACCCAGAUAAACGAAAAGAUCAAGCAUGACCAGCACCGAGAUGAGGCUUUGCUCCACCCUAGCAAUUCCGGAUACCGAUCUCUGCCAGUACUGCAUAAAGUAUGUCCUUGGAAAAGCUUCAAAAAACGAUUUGAUUGUGAUCUAGCUGGCACUGUAGCCAUAGUUACCCGUCGAUCCGAUCCUUCAGAUAUUCAGACAAUUCGCCAGUUUGCACCUAAAGAUGGCAAGAAUGUAAUGCAGGCUCUUCGUUCUCUUCGUCAUGAGAAGAUCUUCUCCGCUACGGAGUGCUUUCAGUUUGAUGGUAUAUUAUAUACCGUGAGUGAAUUUUACCCGCUCACUCUUGAACACAUCGUUGCAUGCAAAGUUUUCCCCAAUGAGCGGCAGCUCGCCGCAAUCAUGGAGCAGUUUCUCAGUGGUCUUUCUUAUUUAUCCUCGAAACGGAUCAGGCAUACGUCUCUGAAAAGUUCAAGUAUCCUGAUGAGCAUCGAGGGACAAAUUAAAAUUGCACGCAUAGACUGCUGCCGUAGACGAUCUCCGGAUGAACCAUCAAGAGCCGACCUGAUCUCUGUCGCUAACGUGACUAUGGAAUUGAUGCAGGGCUAUGUAAAAGACGAGGGCGUAGUGGGCGUGGACAGCCUCAACCGCUCGUCUUCCGGUUCCACUGCACUGGACUUCUUAUCAACUACUACUUCUGCCAAUUCAGUGGAUGAGCUCAGGAAGCACCCUCUUAUCACGAAGACCAGUCCGUCUAUGAAAGAGUUAAUGUGGCUAGCAUGGUUUGCGCUCUAUUCCGCACGCACUUUCUGGUCCUAUACUCCUUCGUUGGAUGAGGUUGAAUAG